AGACACGGCAGGCAGUCACUGGGCACAGCAGCAGUGCCAGAAGAGCUGUGCAACCGAAGCCUUGGAUUUGUGCAAACGAUCAAAACUGGGGCACAUCUCAGCUGUUGGAGGACUCAGAGAUUGACAGCAUUUCUUGGAGGCUGCUUGAGUUGCUGCUGCCAUGCGGUGUCUACUGAAGGCCCUGAGCGUUGUGUCCCUGCAUGCUUCCCUGAGAAGAUCUCGCCAGCUUUGCAGCCAGAGCUCCUCAGCUCGAACCUCAUUUAGUUACGAACUCAUAAAACAGCAGUACAGACCAGAGGUGCCAGAGUACUUCAACUUUGCGAGCGAUGUGCUAGACAGAUGGGCCAAAGUAGAAAAGGAGGGAAAAAAGACUAAAAACCCCGCACUGUGGUGGGUAGAUGGUGAUGGAGAAGAGGUGAAGUGGAGCUUUGAAGAGCUGGGAGUGCUGUCCAGGAAAGCAGCCAAUGUACUCUCUGGUGCCUGCAGUCUGCAGUGCGGGGACAGAGUUCUUCUGCUUCUGCCACGGAUCCCAGAGUGGUGGCUGCUGAAUGUGGCUUGCAUGAGAACAGGAACCGUCCCGAUUCCUGGCACACAGCAGCUGACAGCAAAGGACAUUCUCUAUCGCCUACAGAAAUCCAAGGCAAAGGGCGUCAUCACCAAUGACUCUGUGGCAUCAACUGUAGAGUCAGUAGAGGCUGACUGCCAGUCUCUGAAGUUCAAGUUGCUGGUGUCAGAGGGCCACCGAGAGGGGUGGCUGAGCUUCAAGGAUCUCCUGAAAACUGCUCCAUCUGAUCACCGGUGCGUAACCACAAAGUCUCAACACCCCGUGGCCAUCUAUUUUACUAGUGGGACAACGGGAGCUCCAAAAAUGACAGAACAUUCCCACUGCAGCUAUGGCAUUGGCCUCACAGUGAGUGGAAGGUACUGGCUGAACCUGACCUCUUCAGAUAUAUAUUGGAAUACCUCAGACACGGGCUGGGCCAAGGCAGCAUGGAGCAUUUUUUCAGCAUGGAGUCAAGGGGCAUGUGUAUUUGUACAUAAGAUGCCACAGUUCAGCCCUCCUGCUGUCUUUGAGAGCCUGUCAAGAUAUCCCAUAACUGUCUUCUGCUCAGCCCCAACUGCUUACCGAAUGCUCGUGCAGCACCAGCUGCCCAGCUGCACAUUCAACAGCCUGCGGCACUGUGUGAGCGCCGGGGAGCCAAUCAACCCCGAGGUGAUGGCCAAGUGGAAAGCAUGGACAGGGCUGGAUAUCCAUGAAUGCUAUGGACAAACAGAAACUGUGCUUGUCUGUGGAAAUUUUAAAGGAAUGGAAAUUAAACCUGGCUCUAUGGGAAAGCCAUCGCCAGGGUAUGAUGUCAAGAUUAUAGAUGAAAACGGUAAUAUUCUGCCUCCUGGAAAAGAAGGAGAGAUUGCCAUCAAAGUAAAACCUACAAGACCACUUUUCCUCUUUACUUGCUAUACUGAUGAUCCAGAGAAAACAAAGGCAACAGUCCGUGGGGAUUUCUAUGUUACUGGAGACAGGGGGCUCAUGGAUGAAGAUGGAUACUUCUGGUUUGUUGGAAGAGCUGAUGAUGUCAUUAAUUCUGCUGGAUACCGCAUUGGACCAUUUGAAGUAGAAAGUGCUCUAAUAGAGCAUCCUGCAGUGCUGGAAUCAGCUGUUGUCAGCAGUCCAGACCCCAUCAGGGGAGAGGUAGUGAAAGCCUUUGUUGUUUUAACGCCCAACUACGUCUCACAUGAUCCAGAAAAAAUGAUGAAAGAUCUACAAGAUCACGUUAAGAAAGCUACUGCUCCAUACAAGUAUCCUCGGAAAAUGGAGUUUGUUCGAGAGCUGCCAAAAACCAUUAGUGGGAAGAUCCGAAGAAAUGAAUUACGCCAGAAGGAGUGGAGGAGAUAUUAGAAUACUUUGGGUGUUGCUUUAACAUAGUGGUGGCUUUUUGCUUUGUUUGUUUAAAUAAAAAAAAGAUAAUGAUGAUUUACACAGUAAUGUGAAGGCACACAAUGUCUCUCUUAGUUGACAUUUUCACUAACUCUCACCUGACCCCCAGCACUCGGCUGCCCCGGUGCCACAUGGAGGGAACAAAAGCAGGCAGGCUGAUACGAAUGACACAAAAGUUGUCUAAUCAAGAGUGCAAUGGAUGAUGUGUUAAAUAAACUUAAUGAACCAUCA